ACGAGAUUGCAUCCGCGUUAGUGGCGCCGCUACUAGCGGGACAGCCAAUCACGCUGCUCGUGCUGACCGACGGGUGUUUCCACCCUUCCGCGCAAGCCAAACUCGCUGCUACAGCUACAGCUGCUACAGCUGCUACUGCUGCUACAGCUGAACACUCUACCAGCCGCCGUACAUACGCUCCAUCGCGGGAGGGUCGUAGCCUAUCAGAAGCGGCAAAGGACGAGCGGCCCAUGGGGCACGAGGAUGACGUGGACGACGAGGAUAAGAUCAGUGACGUGGCAGGAAAGGGUGACGUGGCAGGAACCAGAGAAGUAGCGGAUUUCCUGUCGGAGCAUCUGAUGUCGGGCGCGCAUUGCCACGAGGCGAUGAGAGCGGCCAAGGGAAGCUGGAAG